GGAAGAAAGGAAACCUAAUUUGUGGUGCUGCCUUCGACUUCUCCGUCGCCUAGUAACUGUUUCCAUGGCAACCGCGCCGUUAACCACGCUAAGCAACCCCAAGAGGAAUAGAAGGGGUAUUUUAUUUUCGUCCCAAGAGAGGACUGCGAAGAAGAGGUCAAAGGGAAAUUAUGCGAAAGAGAGAAACCUUAGUUCUUUGAGAAGGCAAGAGAGUAGAAAAGGAAAGGGGACGCAGUGAAGAAGGGGACGGAGAUAGUGGUAUAGAGAAAAAAGUUGAGUAGUUUUAAGGAAUCAUUUGGUGGUCAUGGAUCCAGCGUGCUUUUCUGAGAGCAUUUAUAACCUCAUACCCAGUGACUGGAAGGAACCUCCCCAGCCUCCUAGGUACACAUCAGUUUUUAAGACAGCUGUAAAAGAUGACAUGCAAAAAUUUAAAACUGCAAUGAAAACUAUGGGACCAGCAAAAGUUGAACUACCUUCUCCAAAGGAAUUCCUGAAGAAACAUUCAAAGGAAAAACCUCUACCACCGAAAAAAAAGUUUGAUCGGAAUGAGCCCAAAAAGCCUCCUGUGCCAUUGAGGACUGAUCAUCCAGUCAUGGGAAUACAGAGUGAAAAAAAUUUUAUAAAUACAAAUGCAGCCGAUGUCAUUAUGGGAGUGGCGAAAAAGCCUAAACCAAUUUACGUUGACAAAAGAACAGGAGACAAGCAUGAUCUUGAAACUUCAGGACUGGUUCCAAAGUACAUCAGUAAAAAGGAUUAUGGUGUCACACCUGAGUAUAUAUGUAAGCGAAAUGAGGAAGUAAAGAAAGCCCAAGAAGAAUAUGAUAAUUAUAUCCAGGAAAACCUCAGGAAAGCAGCUAUGAAAAGGUUAUCUGAUGAAGAAAGGGAGACGGUUCUGCAGGGGCUGAAAAAGAACUGGGAAGAGGUGCAUAAGGAGUUCCAGUCCCUCUCGGUCUUCAUCGAUUCCGUACCAAAGAAGAUUCGCAAGCAGAAGCUAGAACAAGAAAUGAAGCAGCUGGAACAUGACAUUAGUGUCAUUGAAAAGCACAAAAUUAUUUAUAUUGCCAAUAAGUAAUAAUGUAUCAAGUAUAGUCAUUUUAACAUAGGAAAAAGAACAUGGAAAACAUAAAAAUGAAACUAUACAUUUUUCAAAGAGGAAAAUAUUAUGAAGAGAAUAGAAAUAGUCUUUACCAAAUGCUUAGGCAAUGUUUAAAGAAUAACUUAAUUAUUUACUUGCACUAGAGAAAAUUUUGUUUUUACCAGUGUCAAGUUUUCCACAUAUAAACCAACUAAAUUUUGACAUUACGUGUUCCGAUUCUACAGUCUAAUUCGUAUUGUAUUAUUAUGCACUUGGCUCACAUAAACAUUAAUUUAUGAGUCCUGAAAAAUAAAGUCAGCACUCCGAACUUCACAUUUUUUUCUACACUGCAUGAUACAAGGAACACAACGCUAAAAACUGUUAAGUAUUUUUAAUUGGAAAUAGUGGUAUAUGCUUUCUUACUAACAUGUUUCUACAUAUUGUUUCAGAGCUCCACAAAUUUAACAGCAAAUAUUCUCUGGGAGCCUAUGUCAUUUGCAGCUAUUCCAAACUAUAAAUAUUUUUGAUAUGCAUAAUGUUAUAUAUGCUGAAAGGCUUAUAUUUAGAGAAGGAAAAGUUAAGAAGAUAACAUAAAAUCGAGAAGACAACUUAUAAAAUGCAUCAUUGAAGAUGAUUGAAGAGAGUGGCCUCCUUCCUGACGUACCAACUUUUAAAAACUUUCCUACUCUUAAGUGUUUUAUUCCAUAACUCACUGUAUGUAUUUCAUUAAAAUGGGAUGCUACUUUUC